CACCUGGUGCCCAACGCAAUGUGUGUUUGUCAAACCAUGGAAGUGGGCAAGUAUGGCAAGAAUGCCACUCGAUCCGGAGACCGGGGGGUCCUGCUGGAGCCUUUCAUUCACCAGGUGGGCGGGCACAGCAGCAUGAUGCGCUACGAUGACCAUACUGUCUGCAAGCCCCUCAUCACCAGGGAACAGCGCUUCUACGAAUCUCUGCCCCCGGAAAUGAAGGAGUUCACGCCUGAGUACAAAGGUGUGGUGUCUGUCUGUUUUGAGGGAGACAGCGAUGGCUACAUCAACCUGGUGGCCUAUCCCUACGUGGAGAAUGAGGCUCUGGAGCAGGAUGAUAUGCCAGAGAGGGACCAGCCACGACGCAAGCACUCGCGUCGGAGCCUUCACCGAUCAAGCAGCGGCACUGAGCACAAGGAGGAAAAGUCUGGCCUGGCCAGUGACAGCACUGAAAGCAUCCAGGAAACGAAGAGUCCCAGGGUGGACUUGCACAUCCAUUCAGAUGUUCCAUUUCAGAUGUUGGAUGGGAACAGCGGUCUGAGCUCUGAAAAGAUCAGCUACAACCCCUGGAGCCUGCGCUGUCAUAAGCAGCAGCUGAGCCGCAUGCGGUCGGAGUCCAAGGACCGGAAGCUCUACAAGUUCCUUUUGCUGGAGAACGUGGUGCAUCACUUCAAGCUUCCCUGCGUACUUGACCUGAAGAUGGGGACCAGACAGCACGGGGAUGAUGCGUCCGAGGAGAAGGCUGCGCGGCAGAUGAAGAAGUGCGAACAGAGUACUUCCGCCACCCUGGGCGUGCGCGUGUGCGGGAUGCAGGUCUAUCAGCUGGACACGGGGCAUUACUUAUGCAGGAAUAAAUACUAUGGACGUGGUCUUUCCAUCGAGGGCUUCCGCAACGCCCUCUACCAGUAUCUCCACAACGGGAUCGAGCUGCGCAAGGACCUCUUUGAGCCUGUCCUCACCAAACUGCGAAGCCUGAAGGCGGUUUUGGAGAGACAGGCCUCCUACCGCUUCUACUCCAGCUCCCUUCUCAUCAUUUACGACGGGAAGGACAGCAGGGCGGGGAUGUUUGUGGAGCGCCGGCCGGAGAUGCGCCUAAAGCGGGUGGACGGCUCUCUGCCGGAGAGCCUCCAGGACGGCGGCAGCACGGAGCCCGGCUCCUCGGCCCAGCCCAAGGUGGACGUGCGUAUGAUCGACUUCGCGCACAGCACGUUCAAAGGCUUUCGCGAUGACCCCACUGUGCACGACGGACCUGACAUGGGCUACGUUUUCGGGCUGGAAAGCCUCAUCAACAUCAUGGAACAGAUGCGUGAGGAGAACCAGUAGCCCCGGGUUACGGCCUCUUGUCCUGGUGGCAGGAGCAGACGAGACCACCUACUACCCCAGGAGACGAGCAGACAGCUUUGGUUUCAAAC